UGUAUAUAUUCCAACUUCUCAGGUCCACUUUAUCCCUCUCCCUGUUUUCCAAGAAUUCAAUAUCUUACUAUACUUUUAUCGUAUCAAUAAUCACUUUUUCUCUGUAAAAAUAAUUGCAUCUAUAAGGCCAUAAUACACAGAUCUGUUACUUACCCAUGAAUGUUGAGUCACAUUUCUGAGUUGGGAUUUGGUUAUUUUUUCUGAAAAUAUACAAUGGGUGUUGAAUAUCAUGAGGUAUUUAUAAGGAAUUCAAGAGGUGUACAACUCUUCACUUGUAGAUGGUUGCCCUUUUCUUCUCCAAAAGCUCUUGUUUUCCUUUGCCAUGGUUAUGGCAUGGAAUGCAGUAGAUUCAUGAGAGGUGUUGGGACAAAGCUGGCAGAUAAUGGAUAUGCGGUGUUUGGAAUAGAUUAUGAAGGUCAUGGACGAUCAGCGGGUGCGCGCUGUUACAUCAAAAAGUUUGACAACAUUGUCAAUGACUGCAGCGAGUUUUUCAAGUCAGUUUGUGCGCAGGAGGAGUAUAGAGAGAAAAAACGGUUUCUGUAUGGGGAGUCGAUGGGAGGGGCCGUGGCUCUUUUAACACACAAGAAGGAUCCUUCCUUUUGGCAUGGUGCUCUUCUGGUUGCACCUAUGUGUAAGAUAUCUGAGAAGGUGAAGCCACAUCCUGUGGUUAUAAGCUUACUAACUAAAGUGGAGGAUGUCAUACCAAGAUGGAAGAUAGUCCCUACGAAGGAUGUCAUUGAUUCGGCCUUCAAGGACCCCGCUAAAAGGGAAGAGGUACGCGAGAACAAGUUAAUUUAUCAGGCAAAGCCAAGACUAAAGACAGCUUUGGAAAUGCUAAGAACCAGCAUGCACCUUGAGGAAAGUUUGCACGAGUUGAAAAUGUUUCGACAGGUCACUGUACCAUUUUUAGUGUUACAUGGGGAAGCAGACAUAGUAACUGAUCCAGAAAUAAGUAAGGCUUUAUACGAGCAAGCGAGUAGCAAAGACAAGACUAUAAAACUCUAUCCAGGAAUGUGGCAUGGUUUGACAUAUGGUGAGCCAGAAGAAAACAUUGAAAUCGUAUUUUCAGAUAUCAUCUCGUGGCUUGACAAGCGAAAUGGAGAGAAUACUGGUGAUGCUAGUUUAAUCGAGAGAUCAGUUUGUCGAGCUACAUCUACUCCUCCAUAUGAGAUGCACACAGUUUCUUCACCUGCAACAAUGAAAGAAACAAAACCACAUAGAACGCGUCCCCAAGCUAAUUAUCUGUGUGGAUUGAAAGGACGUCGAAUGCAUCAUCAUUCAUCUAUGUAGAAACUUGAUCGAUAGAUAUGGCGUGUUGCAUCUCCUUCAUUUGUUCAUUCGCGUUACGGUGGCAUAAAUGUUACUACUAUUAUUUAUCAAGGAAGUGGAAAAUAACAUGUUUUACACUAUGAAGUUUUGUUGGACAUAUUUGAUGAUGAAGACGAGGGAAAUACUUCAGGUUACUUUACACGGCCAAUCCAACUCUUUUAAAUUCUUACAAAUAUAAAAUGAAGUUUGAGGUUGAUAACCUAGCUUUAUUCUUAAAUUUAAGCAUCCUCAUUUGUUGUAGUAGUAUCAUCACAGAGUGUAUUAUAAACUCUACGAUGGUCAUGAAUCAUCUAGUUUUUUCUAGUUUUUAUUUUUUUUAUGCUUGUUAAUUAGUAGAGGUUUGAUGUCAGUAAGGUAAGGCUUAGCCCCCUUGCUUGUACUUUUCUCUUUAUUAAUAAAACUAGCCCUUGGCACACCUUACCUAGCGGAAUUGCUUCAAAGAAUAAAAAAAAGAUUGUUUUCCA